AUGCAUAUCGUCUCGACCUGGAGCCCCUCAAGUUCGGUAUAUUUUUCAGGGAAGAUCGGAGAGAAUGCUUUGGUCGUGGCAAAAUCGAAUAGAAUCGAGGUGAUCGAAUUGGCGCCUGACGGGUUACAUCAUAGAUGUAGCUUGGAGAUCUGGGGAACUAUCACUAGCUUAAACGUCCUAAGGCAGUCUCCAUAUAUAUUGAUCACUACCGACCAUCCUCGCCCCACUGCUGUGGUCAUCAACUACAAUGCAAAACUAUCUGCCUUGACUGUUAUUCGCACGGUGUCACUGCUGGAACGCUCAAGCCGCUUCGCCGAGUAUUAUCAAGGGGCGGAAAUCCAUGAAGCCUCUGGUAUUGCCGUUGCACUGUCCUACAGCGCGAGUCUGAAGGUCAUCCCAGUUUUGAGCAAGGAAUUGGCAGAGUUUGAUUGUCGCUCUUCGGCCACGCCAUUACCCACAGUAGCGAUGCUCUACAUCGAUCUCCAACUACGUCGUCGGAUUGUAGCAAGAGAGGUGGAUCUUGAGAACAAAGAGAUAUCCAUUGAACCUUCACCUAUGUUGCCGCAAACCCAGGUGUCGGAUGGAGCGACACUGAUUGUUCCGCUGGAAGGCGUUGAUGGCCACGCCGGAUAUGUCUUGGUGCUUGGCGGGGGACAGGGGCAGCUGUUUGAGAUAUAUGGGACCGAGAAUUUAUCGCCUGCGAAAAGGAUCCAAAGGAAGGACAAAGGAAGCGAGACACCGAACCGGAGGAAGCGCGCACGAGAUUCGGCAGAUGUUCGAAACAGCGAUAUCCGAGUUGAACUGCCGUUCGCUGAGGUUGCUGCCUACGCUGAGAUCGAUUCGCAAAGAAUGCUUCUUGCCGACCAGUACGGACGAUUGGCAAUCCUCCUGUGCUUAUGCACCCCAGAUAGCGGUGCAAUAAAUGAGUUGAAGUGUCGAGUUCUUGGAGAGGUCAAUUCUCCUUCCACCAUCACGUAUCUCAACGACGGAAUUGUUUACGUGGGUUCGCAUUUCGGAGACUCCCAGCUGGUGCGAAUCUUGCAAACGCCAGUGAAACACGAGAAUGGCACUGUUUCUCGGGUUGAGGUACUUGAGACGUACAAGAACAUUGCACCUAUCGUAGAUGCUGUGAUUACACACACAGACGGAUCCAGUCAGGUAGUGACAUGUUCGGGAGGCUACAAUGCGGGAUCACUGAGGGUCGUUAGAAAAGGGGCGGACUUCAAGGAACUGGUAGCAGUGGAGAGAAUGCCCAGAAUUUCGGCCAUGUGGCCGCUGCGUUUCCCGUCUUACGAUAAGAUAGACCGGUUCCUUCUCUACUCUACACUUUACUCUACUGCCCUCAUCGACAUUUCGGAUUCAGGUCACCUGGAAGAAAUGACACCGGAUCGCUUUCCCGACCUUGAGCGAGGAAGACCCACACUUGCUGCUGGAAGCCUUGACGGAUACGAUGGAAAUGCGUUUGUACAAGUAACCAACAAUCGUGUCAUCAUUCUGGAUCUGAGCAUUGGGGCAAAGAUCUCAGAAUGGCCAACCCCAAAGAACUCGAGACGAAGCAUAGUCUCUAUCACUGUUGCCUGCGUCAAUCCUACCCAAAUUGCUUUAGCUCUCCAGGGAGGAGAGCUUCUUUACCUCAUUAUUGAUAAAGAUAUGAAAAUCAUUGAACAGAGCUCGAGGAUUUUCCGUGAUGGAGGUGAACCACGGGAAGUAUGUGCUCUUUCCAUCAACCCCAUGUGGUCUUCCUUCCCCCAUGAGUCUCGAGUCUUGGCGGCCGCGUUUUGGGGAUCAAACGCAGUAAAUCUUCUGAAACUACCCACCCUUCAACCAGUUAGCGCCAUACCAUUAUCACAAGGAGAAUCCCAUCUACCCCGGUCUGUCUUACUCCACACUUUCGGCGACACGCAACCGUAUUUGCUCGCUGGUUUGGCAGAUGGGUCACUAGUUGCUUAUGAGCUUGAGAAACGUACCUUAGAGCCUAGAGGGAAGCGAGUAAUGGGCUUAGGAAACUUGCCUAUGAUUCUCACACCAUGCAGGCACGGUGCUGAUAAACCUGUUGUUUUCGUUUCUGGGAAUCGACCAGCGGUCUUAUUCUUGGACAACGGCCGAUUGCAGCACUCACCGAUCGUGUUGAAGGCUAGUCGUGGAUUCGGGUUUACUAAAUGCGCUGCCUUGAUCCAUUCAGUGAAAUAUCCCGAUGCCCUGCUACUUGCCGGUCCCGACAACCUGGUUAUCGGCCAAUUAAGAGAGCUUCACAAAUUGAAUAUCCGAACGAUACCUCUUGGCCUUGAUAAUCCGCACAAGAUCUGUUAUGACCCCGAUAACAAAGUGUUUGGCUUAGGAAUCCUGCGGAACGAGCCAAGCGGAUUAAAUGAGUUAUCAGUAGAGAGCACUCCGUCCUUCAGAGUGCUUGACGAGCUUACGUUUGAAACCUUUCACGACUUCAACUUACCAUCAUCAGAGGAAGUUACAAGUAUUGGGUCGUUCCUACUGUCGUGUUCAGGAACGGUGUCUCGUUACUUCGUCAUUGGAACAGAGAUCACUGCCCCGAUCCCUAACAGUCCUCACAGAGGGAAGAUUCGGGUUCACCGAAUGGUAUCUGUGCAUGCUGUUGAUGAUAUUACAACACUUCCUGUGAAUGGGGGUGUGGCAAGUCUCGAUUGCGUCGAUAAUAAAGUCGUGGCCUGUGUCAAUUCGGCGGUGAUCCUGUACGAGCUCGCACAGACCGAGAGCGACCUCAGACCAACGUUGAUCAAGCUUGCCAGCUGGGAUCGCGGAUAUCAUCUGCACACCGUGCGCGUCCGUGGCGAUGUACUUGUCACCGCUGAUGCGCUUCGCUCCCUCGAUGUUCUGACGUACAGCGGGAAGGGCUUUUCGCUCCGAGCACGAGAUCACAGCGCCUUGUGGCCCAUUGCAAUGGAAACGGUUGAUGGCGAGCAUAUCAUGGUUGCAGAGGCAUGGGGGCACAAAAAUUUGUUCACUUAUAAGGCGGAGGGGGGUUUAUUGGACAGAAUCGGUACAUAUCAUCUUGGGGAACGGAUAACGAGCCUGCAGAAGGGUUCCCUCGUCACCAAUGACAAUAAGGGCGUGCUGUGGCCAUCCUUGGUAUAUUUCACUGUGAACGGUCAAAUUGGCGUGAUCUCGGAAACCCAAGGAGAUUUCCCUCUCCUUUUAACUGAAUUGCAGCGCAAUAUGGGUUAUGUUCUAGAAGGGCCAGGCAAGGUCGAACAUGCGGCUUGGCGGUCCCCGGUCAACAUCAACGGUAGUUUGGAGGGGGACGCAAUUGGUUUCAUUGAUGGUGACUUCAUUGAAAGAUUCUUGCUUUUUCCAAAAGACUCGGGUGAAGUUGCAAGGAUAAUGCAAGGACGUAAGAGUCACGAAACUCUCAAGGUGUCGUACGAGGAGAUUCUCCAAGCGCUGGAGCAACUUCAGCUUGUCCACUAG